CAUCAUUUCAAUGGCUACAUCCGAGAUGAACCUUGAAACACUAGAAAAUCUAGGAGCAACCGAGAAUUGCAAAUCAAAACUACAUACAGAACCACCAACCAAACACAAAAACUGGCUAUUAACUUGUAUUAAUUGUGCCAUAGUUUUUUGUGGUGUAAUAGGAAGUCCUCUCUUACUGAGACUAUACUUUCUUCACGGCGGCGAUCGUAAAUGGCUUAGCAGUUGGAUUCAAACAGCUGGUUUUCCAGUUCUCAUACUUCCUCUCAUUUUUCUCUACAUUCGGUCUGAAUUAUUCGCAUCACGAAACAAUGAUCACGUAUCGUCUUUCUUUAUGGAACAAAAGUUGUUUCUUUCGAGUGCUGCAAUCGGAUUUCUGUAUGGUGUUGUUAAUUUCAUGUAUGCCUUGGGGUUAUCUUAUAUUCCUGUAUCAACUUCAUCUAUUCUUUGUGCAACACAACUAUGUUUCAGUGCUUUCUUUGCAUGGUUGAUUGUGAAACAAAAAUUUACAGCAUUUAUUAUAAAUGCAAUAGUUAUAAUGACACUUGGAUCGGUCUUACUGGGUAUUAACAGCAACGGUGAUCGACCAGUUGGGGUAUCAAAAGCUCAGUACUUGAUAGGGUUUGUUAUGACGUUGGGUUCUGCUGCUUUAAGUGGCCUAAUCAUGCCUAUGAUUGAAAUUGCUUUCAGUAAAGCAACCAGAAGUAUUACUUAUUCUAGUUUGUUGCAGUUCCAAAUCACUCUUGCCAUAUCUGCAAAUGCCUUGAACAUCAUCGGGGUGCUAAUAAACAAGGACUUUCAGGCUAUACAUAGAGAAGCAAAUGAGUACGAACUUGGGAAGACCAAGUACUAUAUCAUAUUGUUUUUCACAGCAUUUACAUUUCAAUUGAUGACCAUGGGAGUCCUUGGUGUGAUUCUAUACACGAGUGCUCUUUUCAAUGGUAUAUUCACAUCAGUCCUCAUCCCAUUCACACAAGUUGCAGCCGUCAUAUUUUACCACGAGAAGUUCACAGGAUUAAAAGGAAUGGCGUUGGCGUUAUGUCUUUGGGGUUUCUGUUCUUACUUCUAUGGAGAAUACAAGAUGCUGCAGAAGGUUGUCGAUAGAGAAACUCCUGAGAAAUAUUAUAAAGCAAAAAAAUGAAGCCUAAAUGAUUAGAUGAUCAGGCAGAAGCAUAAACUGUACACUGCAUAUGGAACAUAUUUUUGUAUGUUUUUUCUCUUGGCUUUAAUGUCAUGCAAGAUGAUUAAUACUCCCUCCGUUACUAGAAAAGUGCUACUUUCAUUUUUUUCAUUUUAGUCCAAGAAUGGGUCAAAUUGAAAAAGUGAAAGUAACACGUUUCCAGAAAUAAAUGUAAUAUAAGUUAGUAUUAAAUGGCUUUAUGAUCAAUAAGCACACCA